ACUUUGAUUUUCAAGAGCUUCCUUCUUCUUUCUUUUGACUUUCCUCACUCUGCCUGACAUUGCAAAAAGCUUUGCUAUUUCCACUUACAUUAAUAAUCCCAAAAAUGGCAAACUCUCUCUUUUGUUUCACUAUACCUCCAUGUCAAAUUCAAUUUCUUGGAAUAUUAAUUUCGGCUCUUUCUUCCCAAUGAUCCCUCAAUUUUCUCUUUCUCUUAUACUAAUCAUAUAUACAUCAAAUAUAACCCAAAACAUAUGUAAACCUUACAAUAAUGGACAGUAGAACUGUUUUUUCAGACUCAAAUGACAUUAGUGGAAGCAGUAGCAUGACCGAAUCAUUCUCACCGGAUACUUCACCGGCUGACUUCACUUCCUUAAAACGUCUAUCAGAAACCCUAGAAUCCAUCUUCGACACGUCAUCACCGGACUUUGACUUUUUCGCCGACGCUAAACUCGUUGUUCCCGGUGGUAAGGAAAUCCCGGUACACCGGUGCAUAUUAUCAGCGAGGAGUUCAUUUUUUAAGAACGUGUUUAGUGGGAAAGAGAGGAAAAAGGAGGUAGUAUUGAAGGAGUUGAUGAAAGAGUGUGUUGAAGUGAGUUAUGAUGGUGUUGUGAGUGUGUUGGCUUAUUUGUAUAGUGGGAAAGUAAGGGAGUUACCUAAAGAUGUGUGUGUUUGUGUGGACAAUGAGUGUUUUCAUGUAGCUUGUAGACCAGCUGUGGGUUUCUUGGUUGAGGUUUUAUAUGCUUCUUUUACCUUUCAGAUCUCUGAAUUGGUCGACAAGUUUCAGAGACACCUAUUGGAUAUUCUUGACAAAGCUGCAGCAGACGAUGUAAUGAUGGUUUUAUCUGUUGCAAACAUUUGCGGUAAAGCAUGUGAGAGAUUGCUUUCAAGCUGUGUUGAUAUUAUUGUCAAGUCUAAUGUUGAUAUCAUAACCCUUGAUAAGGCCUUGCCUCAUGACAUCGUAAAACAAAUUACUGAUUCACGCACUGAACUUGGUCUACAAGGGCCUGAAAGCAAUGAUUUUCCUGACAAACAUGUUAAGAGGAUACAUAGGGCAUUGGAAUCUGAUGAUGUCGAAUUACUAAGGAUGUUGCUAAAAGAGGGGCAUACUACUCUUGAUGAUGCAUAUGCUCUUCACUAUGCUGUAGCAUAUUGCGAUGCAAAGACUACAGCAGAACUUUUAGAUCUUGCACUUGCUGAUGUUAAUCAUCGAAAUCGUCGAGGAUACACGGUACUUCAUGUUGCUGCAAUGAGGAAAGAGCCUAAAAUUAUAGUGUCCCUUUUAACCAAAGGAGCUAGACCUUCUGAUCUGACAUCAGAUGGCAGAAAAGCACUUCAAAUUGCCAAGAGGCUUACUAGGCUUGUGGAUUUUACUAAGCCUACGGAGGAAGGAAAAUCCGCUCCUAAGGAUCGGUUAUGUAUUGAGAUUCUGGAGCAAGCAGAAAGAAGAGAUCCACUACUAGGAGAAGCUUCAUUAUCUCUUGCUAUGGCAGGCGAUGAUUUGCGUAUGAAGCUAUUAUACCUUGAAAAUAGAGUUGGUCUGGCUAAACUCCUUUUCCCCAUGGAAGCAAAAGUUGCAAUGGACAUUGCUCAAGUUGAUGGCUCGUCUGAGUUCCCACUGGCUAGCAUUGGCAAGAACAUGGCUAAUGCACAGAGGACUACAGUGGAUCUGAACGAGGCUCCUUUUAAGAUAAAAGAGGAGCACUUGAAUCGGCUUAAGGCGCUCUCUAGAACUGUGGAACUUGGAAAGCGCUUCUUUCCACGUUGUUCAGAAGUUCUAAAUAAGAUCAUGGAUGCUGAUGACUUGUCGGAGAUAGCUUACAUGGGAAAUGAUACGCCAGAAGAGCGACAACUGAAGAAGCAAAGGUACUUGGAACUUCAGGAAAUUCUGACUAAAGCAUUCACCGAGGAUAAAGAAGAAUUUGCUAAGACUAACAACCUCUCCUCAUCUUGUUCUUCUACAUCUAAGGGAGUAGAUAAGCCCAAUAAGCCCCCUUUUAGGAAAUAGUUUUUGUAUUACUUAGGAGAUAAUAGAAAGAAGAGAAUUUUCUUGUAACAUAGUACUCUUAAUCUUUCCUUUCAUCAUUUGAUGUGUCAACAUACAUACAACACCUGUACCAUAAACUUGUAUUGCUCUACUUGCGACUCUGAAUAAGAGAAUUUUAUUUGAUUGG